GAUAAGUGUUCGUGGUGCUUGUACUCUUUGCACUUUUCGCGCUGAAAAACAGACGAAAAAUAGGGUCGUUAAAGUGACAAAGAGAGGCUAUGAAUAAAAGACGUAAAAUUGUGAUAUAAAAGGACAAAUAAGAAGACGUCAGAAAGGAUACAAGAUGCCUUCUUGCUGUGUAGUACAAUGUACAAAUUCGUCAAAAAAAAAAUUCAGUACAUCGCUUGCCUACUGAAACAGAAAGAAGAAAGAAAUGGGUGCAGAAUAUUAAUAGGCCUAAUUUAGAUCCUACAGCAAUAUAUUGUGUAUGCGAGGCACAUUUUGCACCAGAAAUGUGGGAGAAACCACGUGUGGACAGCAAGAAAAAAUUAAAACGUUGUGCAGUUCCAACAAUUUUUUCAACAAACAAGGAAAUAAGUUCAAAUAUUGUUCAAAUGGAUUCUACUUCAGCAAAUGUUGACGUCAAUAGUACAACAUUAAAUAGAACCGGUGAUGAAGAACUCUCAGUUGAUUUGGUGGAGCAGGAUAUAGAAGAAAUAAAAUCAAGUAAUGACAAUGUUGAGUACACAAGCAAGAUUUUAAAUGAAACAGAAACAGCUGUAAUUCCAAUAAUGUCACCCAUUGCAAAACCUGCCAUACCUGUGCAAUUAAAUAUAAAUGAAGAAAACGUGAAGAAAUUGUUAGAGAUGUUGAGAAUAGAACUUAGAAAGCUCUAUCAAAAGAGAGACAGGCACAAUUGAAGUUGCAAGAAGCAAACAAAAUAAUUACAAAAUUAAAUAAAUCAAAAAGGAUGUUGAUAAAACGCGUGAACACUCUAACGCAUGAAAAAAAGAAAUUAAUACAAGAAAUGUUUUAUCUGAAACAAAGUAAGAACAUUAAAAACAUACUGAAUGACGAUCAAAUCACAACUCUGUGUAAACCAUCUAAACGAUGUAACAGUUGGUCUAAAGCUACUCUGCAAAAAGCUGUUAGAUUGAAAUUAUCUUGCGGCAGUAACGGGUACAAAGAGAUUUUACAUCAGGGAAUUCCUUUAUCUUCUGAGCGCACACUUAGAAGAAGAUUAGAAGGAAUGGAUUUUAUUCCUGGAAUUUCUGAUCAUAUUUUUGACGUACUAAGUGAACGAAUAUCACACUUCACCGAUAAUCGAGAAAGAGACUGUAUGCUCGCCAUCGAUGAGAUGAUCAAUGUAGGCGAACAAAUCGAUCCAAGUAUAAUGUCACGUAUUGGCUUUUCGACUCUCUCUGAUCGUAAUGAUAAACUAUAACUUGAAAUAUAUCCAAUUAUACAUGUUAACUAUGUUUACAGAGUGGAUAUGUCUAAUCAGCUCACUGAUUCCAUUAAUAUCCAUCCUGUAUAUGGAAGUAUAUAUCUUGUAUAUGUCUUGUAUAUGUCUUAUAUAGUAGAUUGCAUAUAUUAUGAUUAUGUUCUCUACAGCAAACGACAGGCAACAUAAUGUCAUGUGGUAUAAUUUAUGCUUUGUGUAGGACAGCAACUUAUGUAUGCACAAAAGAUUUUGUUUUACACGCAAAUGUUUGCUGUAUUUACAUAUGAUCGAAAGACCAUAACUUUUGUACAUAUCUAAUAACAUAUUUUAUUUAAAGAACAUUACAGUCGUUUCUAAUUUUAUAUUAAUGUAGGUGAGAUGAUCAACGCUACUCAUGCAUUAGUGUUCAUGCUUGGAGGCAUUUUUACAAGAUGGAAAAUACCCGUUGCCAAUCACUUUACUCCUAAUAGCGUAGAUGGUGCUAUAUUGAAACCUAUUGUAGAAACUAUUAUUGCAAAGGCAGAAGCUAUUGGUUUGUACGUCCAUAGUAUAACAUCUGACAUGGGUCCACUUAAUUUAGGAAUGUGGAGAGCAUUUGGUGGUAUCAUAGGUAACAGAUACUCAAAAAUUAAAAAUUCUAUAGUGCAUCCUAUAGAUCAUACACGACGAUUGUUUUUUAUGGCCGAUGUUCCGCAUUUAUUAAAAUACUUAAGGGCGUCUUCAUUAAAUAAUAAAGUUAUAGAGUUACCCAUAGAAUUUGUACAGGCACAUAAUUUAUCCCAACCUGUUGUGAAAUGCCAACAUUUACUUGAAUUGAUAGAAAUUCAAGAAAACUUAGAGUUAAAAUUAAUACCAAAACUUAAAAAAAGCGACAUGAUGUAUAGUACAUUCAACAAAAUGAAAGUGAACAAGGCGACACAUAUUUGGAGUCGGGAUGUCAGUAGCGCAAUAUAUUUUUAUGCUGAAGAGAACAAGAAAACUGAAUUUAAUACGACAGCGGCAUUUGUUGAAAUUGUUUCAAAAUGGUUCACUUUAGCAACAUCACGAACAUCAAAAGUUGCGUUAGGAAAAACAGCGAGUGAUGAAAAUAUACAAAUUAAAUUUAACGAUAAUAUCGCUUUCCUAAAAUCAGUUGUGGAACUUUUCAGAGAGAUUAAAAUUGGUCACGACGCGAAAUUUAAACCUGUACAGAGCGGUGUUAUGAUUACUACAACGUCACUUAUUGAAUUGACACAAUUUCUUAUUGAUGAACGCAAAUAUGUAUACGUAUUGACAUCUCGUUUCACGCAAGACUGCCUGGAAAACCUGUUUUCUUCCAUACGAGUAAAGCAUCCCGUUCCUACUGCCUUGCAAUUUAAACAAAAUCUGAAACUUAUCGCAAUAUCGCAAUAUUUACAAUCACCACAUACCUCUUCGUAUGAAAAAGAUGAUGGGCAAAUUAUUGGUGAUUUUUUCAAUAAACCCAAAAUAGUAAACGAUAUUGGAGAGUGUACACAAACGUCUGUGGAUAUAUUACAUGUUUUGAAGUCUAACAGUAAUAUUUCUUUAGAUAAUAUAGAAUUAAAUGUUUUAUUCAAUAUAGCUGGCUAUAUUAUAUCGAGUAUUGCAAUAUGCACGAAUAUAUGUUCUAAAUGUUUACUUUCUGUUGGCUCUAAAACGUAUAAUCCCAUUCAAAAAUAUAAUAAAUUUGUGCAAUUGAGAUGUUUCCGUGCAAAAACAUAGUUUUUUGUGAAUGACGAAACUUUUAACUACGUUCAUAUAAUGGAACUUAUUAUAAGACGUUAUCUUUCUUAUGUCAAAAAUAACACUAUAAAUUGUUUAGAGUUUUACACAGAUAAAAUGAAAAAUGUUACAUGUACUACAAUUCUGAAUUGUCAUGACUUGUUGUUAAAGAUACAAAAGCGUUUCAUUAUAUAUCGAAUGCGCAUUUCUUGCAAGCGAAAUUGCUUAAAAAAUACAUAUAACAGCAAAACGAUGGCAAUGCACUCCACAGUAACAUAAUAUGUUACAAA